AUGGUAGAGCUUUAUACAGAAAAAAGAUCAGGACUCCCACGUGAUGUUUGGAAGUGGAUUUUCUCUCUUGAUUUACCAAGACCUGUUAAAAAUGUUCGCCGCGAUUUUCAGAAUGGCGAAUUGAUCGGAUAUAUUCUUAAUCAUUACUAUUGCCGUAAUGAACCAGUUCUUGGCUGGAUAGAAAUUAGCCAAAUGAAUCAAGGAACAUCAUUUAACUCGAUGAAUGCAAACUGGGACCUUGUUCGGCGAUUCCUCGCGCGACCAGAAAACUCUGACCUCGUCAUCUCUAAAGAGGAGAUCGAUGGCAUUGUCCAUGCGAAACCUGGCGCAAUUGAGCUCGUUCUGAUUGGAAUGUUCCAAUUCUUCACUGGCAAGGAGCAGAAGACCCUCGUUGGCGAGUAUAACUUUGACUUCAACGACGGAGAUUACCAGAAUCGACUCCCAUUCCAUGCUCGGAAUACAGCUACAAGCUCCGUGAAAGCGAACACUAAAAUUACUGAAACACUCGCAGAUGGAGACACGGCGCGAGAGCAAUUAAGAAACUCGAAAGUCUUGUCCCAGUUCGAGCUUAACAAAGUCAUGAUGAAAGCGGAGCAUCCUCAGCGAUUCAACGUGGUUCCACCACUCGAUACGAGAAGCCGAAAGCACCGAGGGGAGUCUUCAAAGAAAACAACGCUUCAACCUUCUGCCAAAGCAUCAGUUCGCUCGUCUAGGGUUAUUUCCGCCGAUAAAAAAUCAAAACCUGUUCAGUACGACCAAUUCGUCAAUGUCAAGCAAUAA